GGUAGUCUCACAGUCCCAGGCUGACCGCAGUUGACCUAUGGCCAAAAAAAUCUAAUUUUUAUAGAGAACACCAGCAGAUAUCCAAAAAUGCUUUGCGCACUGUCUGGCGAGGUUCCCGAGGAGCCUGUUGUUUCGAGAAAGACAGGCACUGUCUUUGAGAAGCGCCUAAUUCUCAAAUACAUUCAAGAAAACGGAAAAGAACCAGGCACCGAAGAAGAGCUCGACCCCGAAGACCUCCUCGAUGUCAAGACCAGCCGCGUCGUCCGACCUCGUCCUCCAAAUUUCACCUCUCUGCCGUCGCUGUUGAAGGCCUUUCAGGAUGAGUGGGACGCGUUGGUAUUGGAAGCAUACAACACAAGGGAGCAGCUGUCUAGAACAAGAGAAGAGCUUGCGACGGCCCUGUACCAACACGAUGCCGCCGUGCGCGUGAUUGCGCGGUUGACCAAGGAGCGGGAUGAGGCCCGGGAUGCUCUUUCCAAGAUCACCGUUGCGCCCUCGGCUGGCGGUGCUUCCAAUGGCGAUGCUAUGGCGGUAGACAACGAGGGUCUCCCAGAAGGACUGGUGGAACAUGUCAAUGAGGUGCAACAACAGUUAACACAACGCCGGCGCGAGAAGCGACCCGCCCCAGAGAAUUGGGCCACCCCAGACGAAGUCUCAGCCUUCCAGCAAACUGGGCACACCGAUCUCUCCGUCUCGCAAGCCUCCUCCCUCGAUGUCGAAUCCGAGUAUGCUGUCAUUGGCGGGUUGGAUGGCAAGGCCGAUAUCUAUUCCAUUCAGGGCAACACAGUGGAGCGCUCGCUGGAUAUCGGUGAGCCAGUAACAUGUACGGUGUGGACGGGAAGCAAGGUUAUCCUGGGUACCUCCAAGGGCUCGGUCAAGGUGUUGGACAGCGGCAGCGAGGUUGCUUCAUUCCACGUACACGCCGGUGCAGUCACUGGUCUCACUGUCCACCCCGGUGGCCGUAUCCUGGCCUCGGUUGGCGUUGACAAGAGCUUUGUCUUUUACGAUCUUGAGACACUGCAACAGGUGUCUCGAGGCUACACGGAUGCUGCUCUGACAUCCUGUGCCUUCCACCCCGACGGCCACUUUCUUGCUGCUGGCACACAGGCGGGAGACAUUAAUGUCUUCCAGACCAAGGAUGGCGUCAAGGUUGUCAACUUUCACCUUGGGGCUCCUGUCCAGGCGCUGGUGUUCUCCGAGAAUGGGUAUUGGUUUGCGGCAACGGGCAAGGGCCAGCAGACGGUCACCAUUUUCGACCUGCGGAAAGAGGGUGAUGCGGCCAAGGCCAAGGAGCUCCAGACGGGCGAUGCGCAGUCUCUUGCGUGGGACCGCACUGGGCAGUACCUCGCGACAGUUGGGUCCACUGGCGUCACGGUGCAAAUGUAUCUGAAGAAGGCCAAGGCGUGGUCCGAGCCACUCAGGACGAGCGUACCAGGCACGGCUAUCCGCUGGGGAACAGAUGCGAAGUCUCUGGUGACGGUCAACAAGGAGGGUGUGGUCUCGGUGCUCAAGGAGAGUGCAUAGAGGAGAAGGGCGAACAUUGGAGAAUCUGUGAGCUUGUAGUAUAGUGCAGAUAUUUGUUCAGUUUUGCUUUUCGGUGGCGCCUGAAAAACCAGCAAUUGGGGUCUUUUCUCUUUUUUAUUUUAUUUUUUUACUCUGCACAGUA